UUAAGAUUUAACUAACUAAUUAAAUUAUUUAGAAUUACAUCUGUAUUCCAACAUACCCUUCAUUCUCCUUCCCCAUUCUCCCAGUCGUUCAUUUCUUCCGCCGCAUUUUCAAGGGCAGUUGGAAACCCAGUCGUGAAAUUUUCUUCAUCAAAUAAUAAAGGAAAGAGAAGAAUGGCAUGGAGAAGCCAAUUAUCUCGUAAUCUCAAAGAACUACGAAUUCUGCUUUGCCAAACUUCCCCUUCCAGUGCCCCCGCUAGAUUAUUCGUGGAGAACAAUUACAAGGAUCUCAAGACUUUAAACCCUAAAUUCCCAAUCCUCAUCCGUGAAUGCAGUGGGAUUGAGCCCCAGAUGUGGGCUAGAUAUGAUAUGGGUGUCGAGAGGGGCAUUCGCUUGGAAGGUUUUACUGAGCCACAGAUUUUGAAGGCACUGCAAGACCUUGUCAAAGCAGGGGCAUCCGGCAAAGCCUAAUAUAUUGCUGCUAUUGAAUCCAAUGGUUCGAAAUAAGUUGACUGUCUUUCUGGCAAAUGUUUCCUUUGAUGGUCUUCCUCUAUUUUCAGCUAUCAAACUGCUAUUUUGGGAUGGUUGUUGAAAGUUCAGUAUAUGUGUUAUUCUCUUGCCAUUUAAGGUUCAAACAUGGAAAAAACUUCCCUUGAUUAGUA